AUGAACUGUGAACCACAUGUUGCUGCAUUAGUUUGUGCAGAGAAUAUAGCUCUCAAUUACUUGCUGCAUGAAGUCCCUGAGCCACCGCAACAAAAGCCCACCGAACACUUUCGAGGCUCUGAAGAGGAGUACACUCUUUCCUUCUCUAAAGAAAAGGAACUGGUGGAGGUCCUCUCCUUUCUUGCCAAGACUAAAGAUGGGUCGGAUUAUAUCCCUGCCAUGUGUGUCGAGCAGGGCCUCAAUGGUGCAGCAUUGAAGGCUCUGCUGGCGAUAAAUAAAAGAACAUAUACGGAUGGAGAUGGCUUACUUCAAAGUUUGAAAACGGGAUUUGAGAACAUUUUUAAACCAGAGCGAGGCAGCUCCACAGAGAUCACGAAACGACUUCUCGAGAUGAUUGUGCAAAUGUGCUCUUCUCGAAUUGCUUCUAGAUUGCGGCUCACUGGCAAAAAAAGGAAAAACUCCAAAGCAUCCAUCAAUGACAUUCUGCAAGAAGCUAUAGAAGGCACUCGGCAAAUACAUCCUCAGAAGUUAAUUCGGUUCAACCUAGAAGAAAGCCUGUUGUUAUUCAGAGCUGAAUCCAAGAGCGUGAUCCAGUCCGUCAACGAAUGGUCCAAUCAUCGUGUUUCACAUCGUCUCAAUGAUAUUGUGGAAAAGAUGUAUCGAUUAAACAACGUACAUGGCUUGCAGCAACUCCUCCAUCUGAUUCCCCAUGGUCCCACAAAGGUGAUCAAGCAGGCAGCCUUCACAGCUACUCUGCUCAACAUUAUUCGGAAAGUGUCCAGAUAUAAAGAAGCCGCUCAGGUGCUUCAUCGCAUUGCUAAGAAGUUUCCUCUUGUCCGAAACAUUGAGAUUCAACUAGCAACCCUUCCCCAAGAGGCCUUCGAUCGACCCCAUCACCCGGAAUACUCGCCGAGUCUCCGAGCCGUGCUGUCUCGUUUGGGGAAGAUCAAUGGUAAACAGUAUAAUGUCUCCCAGAUCUCCCGAUUUAUGAGAAAUGACAAGACCAAGAAUCCCGAUGAGCAGUUCUCUGAGCAAACGACUAGAAUCCUCCAAGAAGCCAAGAUCCAUGCGGAGAUCCAGCUAAUCGCCUACUGCGAAAUUGAAUCGCCUCCACUGUUCCCGCGUGCCAUCGCUUCCAGCAAGGAUGCUUGUUUCUUGUGCCAUGCAUUCAUCCAAAAUCAUCACAAGAUGCACACGUCACGCACACAUGGAAGGUUGUACCCUGGUUGGCGUCUGCCGAAUCUUUUAUCUUUCAAGACGCUGGAGCACCGAUUCAAUGAAAUCCUUGUGGACCGCGCUCGACAGUCUAUCAGAGCUCGAGACAAAGGCCAAAUGUGUGCUCGUCCCUAUCCUAAUGAAAGUACGUUACUUCCUAUGUUGAUCUCGGCGUCGACAAUGAGCGCUGUACAAGAUCUGGUCGAAAUCACUACGGGAGGGGUGUCGCUUGCUGGUGUCUCUCCAGGCUCCGGAACCGUGGAAAGAGCGGUCUCAACUGCAGAUCCGCCUAAGGAUAUUAAAGUAAUUAGUAGCUGUUUCCUAGCGCCCAAUGACCCGUUUACCGGCGUCAUAACUCCGACGGCCUCGUCGCCGUUCUUCCAGGCUGGCCCUCUGCAUAUCCACCUCGAGAUGGAAGAAAGUUCGGCUUCCGAAUCUACAACAAAGUGUCUUGCGUUCUCCAUUGAAAGAAUGAAUGUCAAACAGAUCACAAAGCUACCCAUCGGGUCUCUAAUGUUGGACGUGAUGGAACUAGAGAGGGAUAUGACAUAUGCACUCCCAGCAGACGGGACGUUCUGCCUCACAGCUCACGAUAUCACAGUGAAGAUUGUGUGUAAGCAAUGA